AGAAGAAAACUAUCUUCUCUUCUUCCUCCUCCUUUCUGUGUUUGUUGUAGUUGCAGAAGAAGUCACAGACAUCUGAGAGUUAUUAGGGUUUAGGGUUUUAGAACGAGAAGAGAAAAGAGAAGGAUGCAUAAGAACAAGUUCGCAUGGAAUCCAGAGGCGUUUAAAAAGAAGAACGAAACGGAACCAGGAGGAAAGUUGAGACCUUAUUCUGAAAUUACUGGUGUUUGUUCUCGGUGUAGAGACCAAAUUCAAUGGAAACGAAAGUAUGGGAAAUAUAAACCUCUUGUUGAGCCUUCUAAAUGUCAGCGUUGCUCGAAGCGGAAUGUUCGACAAGCUUACCAUAAUCUGUGCACUGGGUGUGCCAAGGAACAUAAUGUGUGUGCUAAAUGCUCAUGUAAAGUGGAAAGAAUUGUUGGAAGAGACAUAACUGAAGUAGAAGCUGAGAAGAAGACACUUGAAGAUGCUAUUAAGAAUUCCAGAGAGAGGGAUCGCAGGGCAUUAUUACGAGCUAUGAACAAAGGUCAAACUGGUGGUUCUGCGUUGACCUCCGUAAAUGAAGAAGGAAAGAAGGUGGGAGAAUUAUUUUCCGCUGAAUCAAUUGAAGAGUUUGCAAAGCAAAGCAGAGCCCCGAAGGACGAAGACCAUGAUAGUGAUGAUGAUGAGGAUGAUGAAGACAAUGAUGAUGACAAGAUCUGUAACUGAGAGACCAGAAUGUUUGAUUGGCUUUAAAGCUGUAGUAAAUGCGUCUUCUUCUUUUUUUGUUCUUUCGAGUUUCGUUAGGCAUGGUGCGCUGAAUUUUGAACGUGAUCUUUGCAGCAUAAUAUGUUUACAUGUGUUGACAAAGUUCUCAGAAAAUGAAGUUUCUCUUCUUCAUUCUCUGCUUAAUGGAAGUUGCUUGUUUUUAAUUAUCUGGAUGAAGUUUCUAUUCGUUCUACGUUUAAUGGAAGUUGUUUGUUUUA